UUAUUUUUUUUUUCAUACUGUGUGAGUGAUUCAACCUGGUUAUAUUGAAAUAGAAUAUCUCCCAGCACUAGAGCGAAUUCACUCUAAAAGAAAAAAAAAGAACCUAAUGGACCGAGAGUUUAUCACAGCGUUAUCACAAUGGUCUGACAUUAUGAGCUCACGGUGAGUUUACACUUUCAGCUCACUGUGCCAUCACGUCAUAUGAGCACACAGUGAGCGCGCUGCGAGGUUACACUCGUAGAUCGCUGCGACCUCAAAGUGUAAACUGCUGUAAACAUUGCAAGUGUAAUGAAGGUCACUAAAUGGAGGUGUGCCUUUAAUUCAACCUAGCUGAUUGGUCACUAAAAACCAGCUCACUCACAUAUCAUUUCAUGCUUCGAGCCGCUUCAAGAUCAUUUCAGGACCGAACGUGAUGAUGUCCAAGUGGGUACUUGAAAAUAAUGAUGUGGCUGGCAAUGCCUCUAGCUUUAAGGCCGCAGACACGGUGAUACAGUUAGUACAGAACCAAAAGCCAAAACCUGAACCGAAUGGCCUGGUGUUUGGGACAGUCUUUACCGACCACAUGUUGACCAUUGAGUGGAGUCUUGAGGAAGGCUGGCAGGAGCCGCACAUCAAGCCUUUUGGGAACCUGUCCGUACACCCAGGCUGUUCUGCCCUGCAUUACGCUGUACAGCUCUUUGAGGGUAUGAAGGCGUACCGGGGCCCAGAUAACAAAGUGCGUCUUUUCAGACCCAUGAUAAACAUGAAGCGGAUGCUGAAGUCCGCCCACAGGGCCUGUCUGCCUAGUUUUGAUUGUGCAGAGUUACUGGAGUGCAUCAGGAAGCUGGUGGAGGUUGAUCAGGAUUGGGUUCCUCACUCAGACUCUGCCAGUUUGUACAUCCGUCCCACCUUCCUGGGCACAGAGCCCACCCUUGGUGUCAAGAAGCCCAACAAGGCAAUGCUUUUCGUCAUCCUCAGCCCUGUGGGCUCAUACUUCAGCACGGGUGCUAAACCAGUGUCUCUGUGGGCCGACUCCAAAUACAUCAGAGCUUGGAGAGGAGGUACAGGAGACUGCAAGAUGGGAGGGAACUAUGGCGCAUCUAUCUAUGCCCAGUAUGAGGCGGUGGAUUACGGCUGCCAGCAGGUUCUGUGGCUGUACGGGGACAACCAUCAGAUAACAGAGGUCGGCACCAUGAACCUUUUCGUUCACUGGAUCAAUGAGAAAGGAGAGGAGGAGCUUGCAACACCACCUCUAGAUGGCAUUAUUUUGCCGGGCGUUACACGACAAAGCAUCCUAGAACUUGCUCACAAAUGGGGUGAGUUCCAAGUAUCCGAGCGGUAUCUGACCAUGGCCGACCUGCGGCAGGCUCUGGAGGACAAGCGAGUGAAGGAGAUGUUUGGUUCUGGAACCGCUUGCGUUGUUAGUCCAGUUGGCAGGAUCUUGUAUCAGGGAGAGAAUCUACAUAUUCCAUGCGAAGGAGGUUUUCCUCCGCUUGCCUCCAGGCUGCUAAAAGAGCUCACAGAUAUUCAGUAUGGACGGACCCCCAGUGACUGGUCUUUGAUCGUAUAAAGACACCUCCACUGAGUCAACAUACACGAGCUCUUCAACACAUUUAAACAUGCACCAAAAAAGCUUUAUUUGUGGCUCCAUGGAAUAAUUGCUUGCCACGUUCAUGUAUGUUUUGUUUUAUACAAAUCUUACCAGCUAACUAAAUCCUAGUCUAGCAAUAAUAUGUUGCUCUUUAGCACACAGAACCACUCAGAUGCCUCCUCAUGGUCACAGCUUAUUUUAAUCACAGUUGGUGACCAGCUGUUUCAUUAACUACUUGAUAUUGCUGUUAUAUGAAGUACGUAUACUUAGGUACAACUUUCAGUGGAACUGUAACGUUAUUACUGAUGCUGGUAAUAAUAUGCACAAGCUCAUAAACCUAUGAAAGACAUUUAUAGAUAUUUAACGUAGUAGGUUGUUGUGGGUAGAACUUUAUUUUUAAAAACUUUUUUAACCUGUGCAGUUUAAUGUUAGAACGUUUUAAAAGAACGUGUUAAAGUUUAUGUGUAAGAUCUAAAAAAUGUUGUAACGUCUACCUUCAGCUGAUUAAUAGUGGUUUUGAGAUGUUUGUUUUUCCAAUCCAAGCGCACAACCUUUUUGCACCCAAAGGGAACCUAAAAAUAUAUUUGUUUAAAGAUGUUUGUACGAAUGAACCAUCCUUUCUUGUAGACGUUUGUUGCUAGGAAUAAAGUUAUAACAGUUACAAAAGCACAAAUAAAUAUUAGAAAUUUAGACAUAUGUAAUACUAUUAUUGUCAAUUGCCAAAGUAUUUUAGUGAUGUUCUAAAUAUUUUGUGAUGUGAUUUAUGAAAUUAUAAUAAAUGUAAAAAACAAUAUAUCAUA